GCAACUUCAGGGCGGUCCACAGUGGCAGUCGGGCAGUUGGGAGGGGAACACCUAUUGUGAAUGAAAGUCUGUUUUACUGUUUUCCUCAAAGAGAAAUUCCUUUCGAUGUGAAUAACCGAAGAACUAUUAUUCCUCGAGGAAUUGGAAGGACGUUUUUGACACAUCUUAAAGAUGUCGACAUCUGCGAUAUAUAUUUUAGAUGUGAAGGGGAAGGUAUUGAUCUCACGAAAUUAUCGUGGGGACAUAGAGACUGGUGUCAUAGAGAAAUUUAUGCCACUUGUGAUGGAGCGCGAGGAGGAGGGAAAUCUCACUCCAAUAAUCCAAACCUCUGAGUGUACAUAUGCGUACAUAAAGUACAAUAAUCUGUACAUUGUUUCAACUACGAAAAAGAAUGCCAAUAUUUCUCUAGUAUUCGUAUUUUUGCAUAAACUGGUGCAAGUGAUGCAAGAGUACUUUAAAGAAUUAGAAGAAGAGAGCAUAAGAGACAACUUUGUUGUUAUAUACGAACUUUUAGACGAGCUCAUAGAUUUUGGCUACCCUCAAACCACAGAUAGUAAAAUCUUGCAAGAGUAUAUUACUCAAGAGGGACACAAACUCGAAAUACAACCACGUAUUCCUAUGGCCGUGACUAAUGCUGUAUCUUGGAGAUCAGAGGGCAUUAAGUACCGCAAAAAUGAGGUGUUCCUCGAUGUAAUAGAGUCUGUGAACCUUCUAGCGAAUGCCAAUGGAAAUGUGUUGAGCUCUGAAAUAGUGGGUGCCAUAAAAAUGAGAGUUUACUUAUCAGGAAUGCCAGAGUUAAGACUUGGCCUCAACGAUAAAGUCCUGUUUGAAUCCACAGGACGUGGAAAAUCCAAAUCAGUAGAAUUAGAAGACGUGAAAUUCCACCAAUGUGUCAGAUUGUCUAGAUUCGAAAAUGAUAGAACAAUUUCCUUCAUUCCACCUGACGGAGAGUUCGAAUUAAUGUCCUACAGAUUGAACACCCACGUGAAGCCACUUAUAUGGAUUGAGUCUGUGAUCGAACGGCAUGCUCAUAGCAGAGUAGAGUACAUGAUAAAAGCCAGAUCACAAUUUAAGAGGCGGUCCACUGCCAACAAUGUGGAAAUUGUAAUUCCAGUACCCAAUGACGCAGACUCGCCCAAGUUCAAGACUACUAUUGGCAGUGUCAAAUACUCUCCUGAACAGAGCGCCAUAACAUGGUUCAUCAAGUCAUUCCCUGGGGGCAAAGAGUAUCUGAUGAGAGCGCACUUUGGCUUACCAUCUGUCAUUGGCGAGGAUGUGGAAGGAAAGCCACCGAUUCAGGUGAAAUUCGAAAUUCCCUAUUUCACAACUUCCGGCAUCCAGGUGCGUUAUCUGAAGAUCAUCGAGAAGAGUGGGUAUCAGGCGUUGCCCUGGGUUCGGUACAUCACGCAGAACGGGGAUUAUCAAUUGAGGACGAAUUAAGUAAAAGAACGGAUGUCGAAGUGGAAACUAGUCGGUUUGCUACGCUUAGUACGCUUCCGAACAUUUAAAUCUAACUUUGUAGCUACCGAUUGUGAUCCAUAAUAAAAAGACCAAGACGUAUAAAAACAA